AUGAAAUCAGGCACGCGGCGGACAUUCGGCACUGCUGAGAUUUCAACCGCGAAGUUUCUCGCGUCCAGACUCACCUUUGUGGAUCCCAGCCCUGCUCGCUAUCGUUCGACUUGGGCUGGAAUUCCAGUCUUUGAUCUUGGAUCCACCCUUUCGAUCGACCACUUCGAUCAGCGCGGACUGGCAGAGAAUCCGGCAACUGAAGUGAGCUCCUCCAGCGGAGCCAAGGCUGGCGUCAUGGCUUGGCGUCGCUGA